ACUUGUGAUGAAAAUCGAAUGAAUACUGACAGAAUUUCGGCAGUGUUACAAUACCGCGUCCUUACAGAACUUUGCAUAGUGGGAGUAUUAUAAUGACCCAUGACAGUGAUGUACGUGGACUCUCCCACCAGACACUGUGUUUAAUUGAGUGCACUGCCGUGGACUGCUUUUCGUGAGGCAAAGACAAUAUUUGCUGAUGCUUUAUAAGACCGCAGGGCAAAAGCCAGAUAACUUUGAAGCAGUCUGAUGUCUGGUGAUGCAGUGUAACAUGGCAAGCGUUUCAGUCACGGAGUUGGGCAGACUUGUCAGGGUCUUGCUACCGCGAGUGCAGUACUUCCAGCCCCGCAGGAGAGGCCUUCGGACCCGCUGCAGGCUUCUGGUGUUACCGUCGCUGGCUGCCUUCGGGUUCGUGCAAGUUGCGUGGAUGUUCCUCGCCUUUCAAGACGGUGUGGUGACAGUCAACGGACCGGAGAGGGCUCGCCGGUUAUUCGACGGCGGUAUUAAGCUAGAUUUCUAUGCCCCUGCACGCCAAGUAUCCACCAAAUCAAACACAUCGAGCCCUUACGAUCACAGAAAAUGCAACCUAAGCACUUGCAGUUUUGACAAUCCAUCGAGUCACACUGAGAAACUACGCGAGAAAAUGAAUGCAACUGACCCGAAAACGAACCCAACAGCUUCAAGCAGGGAAGAAAUCCGAAGGGAAGAAAAUAUUGGUAACAUAUUGACUCUAAGGACCCCUUGGUGUUCGGGUCGCGGCACAGUAAGGUCACAACCAGUUACGAGUAAAAAGCAAAACACGACUGAUCACAAGUACUUCUUGACAGCUGUCUUACUCGUAAGGAUCUACGCUAGCGAUCCGGCUAAGUUGACAACGCGGGAGAUGAUGCAAUGGCUGCAGUACCUAAACUACGCUGGGGUCCAGCAUGUGUACGUCUACGAUGCGUACUUCUACAAGAAAGAAUCGCAAAGAAAAAAACUAGGGUGCUUCAUAAAGAACGGAUACGUGACCUACGUGGACUGGAGUCAUAAGGCAAGGCCUAAAUACACCAUAGCCGGUACACAGGUAGCUGCAUACCAGAAAUGUCUCGAUAAGUACGGGCAUGAGUUUGCUUGGCAGGUGGCCAUCGAUAUCGAUGAGUACCCGUACUGUCCCGGGGACCAUGAAGCGGGAUUCCUGGACCGUGCCGUCCGUAAGAUAGCCAAGACGAAACCUAACGUCGUUGAGAUUUCAAUGCUGAACUACCUGUAUCUGGGGAAACCUCUGAACGACAGCGUGCAUCCGUUACUCAUUGACCGGCUCUGGAGGCGGACUAUCCAGCGAGCCAACGCCCUGGUCAAGCCCAUCUACCAACCGAAAGGGAUCGCUGCAGCCAACGUGCACCACAACUCACUACGCCGUGGCUACGUCAACUUCACACCGAAGGCGAAAUGGCUCCGAAUGAGUCACUUCUGGGGGGACGGUUGCAAAAUUGGGGGGAGGACACUCCCAAAAUCUUGAACAUGACUAUGGAGGACAGAGGUAUGGAGAGGGCCGUCUCGGCUCUCAAGGAGUGCCUCGAGGGGUGUGAGAUGGGGUGUUGCUAAACUAGGCGAAGAAGUAACUGGCAUCGUUCUAGUGUUAAUAAAUAAUGUGGUAAGUGUUAGCGUAUCGUGUAGGAUUUGAAUUCAGUACUAAAGAAUAGAGAGCUUGCACACAGCGACACCAGUGUGGACAGGUGUUAUUGCCUCUGUGUUGCACAUGAGCAGUCAAUUGACAUAUCAAAAUAUGUCCGUUGUGAGGGCGCUCCAUGCAAUCUCUCGAUUUACCAAACAACAUUUUAAACCAAAUGACGGUUUAAGCGGUGACACAUCGCAAAGUAUUGAUAUCUUAAUUAUUUAUUUUUUCAAGAGAUCGGUGAACAACACUUCUAUACAUACACACGAGAUGUUGUUGUUCACAUUGGCUAUUCAUGGAAGGAAAUGCCUAGAAAAUGGCUUCUUAAAGAUGUGGUUAGAGAUUAAUUUUGUACCGAAAUUGAUUGGGAAAACGGACGGUUCAUCUUUAAGCAAAUUCAACAGAGAAGCAGUUGCGAUCAAUAUGUAACGCGUAGUAUAUCGCGUUACACCUUUCCAAACAAUAUUGUGUGCUAUUGGCACACUUCUUGCUAUAGGCACACUUGAUACUCAAGUCAAAGGGAUGGAGCAAAAGCUUUAAUUAUGGUAAAUACAUGUAUGCCUCUUUAACAAUUUUUAAACUUUCUACAUGACUUUAAUACCAACUAACUGGCCCAACUAUCAUGGGUCUCGUGGUAUCACGGGAUCGGGUACCCGUAACCAAUUUUACGAAUUACUCAGUGUCUUCUCAAGUCCGAUGAACAAGAAAAGUUUUGAAUGCCAUUCGUGCUGAUUUUUCAAAAUGAAAACCAGGCAACAUGGAAAACUGCAACAGAUUUUAAGUUCAUGUGUUUGAACGACAGGUAGAGUUUGCGAAAGCAUGCAGUAAGCCCUAAUUCGGAUAACUUCAGGGAUUUGAAUGUUGGCUUUUGUAUGGGAGCCUGGCACACCCGUGGGUAUCAGGUUCCCGCACUACCUGUAAAUGCACACCAUAGAGCCCUAUAGCAAGGAACAUAUGGGUCAAAUAUC